CAACUUUUUCAAAGUGAAUGCCUCCAUUUACACCAGAUGCGCGUAAUUUGGGUGGUAGGAAUAUGAUAUCUUAAUAAAUUUGGAAUCACUUAUAAUAGUUAAAGGAAAUAUCAUAAUAAAUCCCUCAGAUUUUAAUUUCACCACGUAAACUUCCGAAUUCGCCUAAACAAAGUAUCGAACCUAUAAAUUUCAAGAGAGUCAAUAGAAAAUAAGAUUAUUUACUCUAUCCAACAUAUUUAUUUAGACGUAAAACAGUUUCAGAAAGCUUUACAUCAUUGAGUCCUAAAAACAUUCGAGAUGAAACAUAAUUACUAUUUUAAGAACCACUUUUAAGAAGAUAGAAAAAUUUGAAAUCUCCAUAGAAGAUUUUUCCAUUUAGCACAAUUUAAUUGGGAGCCUUAUAUAAAAUAAAAGCUAAUGAUAUAAAAAUGAAUAAAAAGAAUGAUUAAAUGUGAGUUUAUUAAUCAAUAUAACUUUUAGACUUUGGAGUUAAGUAGAGAUGAUAGUGAAAGAUUUCAACACCAUAUAUGAAGAGUUAUUGAAUGAAAUCUAAUAAGUAAUUAUAGAAUUUGGAAUAUACAGUGCAUGUGAUUAUCAAAUUUUGAUUCAGAUGAUUUAAAGAUUGAAACCCCAAGUACCUAAAAUGGAUUUACUAAAUAUUUUUAAUGAAUUGAUUAUUAAGCAAUAAUUAUAACUGUCUUGA